AUGGCUUCUCAUUCAAGUUUCCAUAUCCUUCCUCUGUUACUACUUCUCCUUAUUUCAAUUCCAUUUGCUUCCCCAGAAGCUGAAUCUCCUUCGACAGGCUCCGACAUUAUUGAAUGUGGGUCUCGCUUGCUAACUUUAGUACCCUGCUUGCCCUAUGUACAAGGAACUAUGCCUGCACCAGCACGUCUGUGCUGUGACAACCUCAUGGAUCUCUAUGUUCAAGAAGAAAACUGCCUCUGUGUUUUGCUUAGUAGUGAUAAUCCAAUCAACUUCUUUUCUAUUAACCAAACACUUGGUUUAAGGCUUCCUGCUCUCUGUAGGAUUAAGCUCGAUACAACUUCAUGUCCAGUUUGGUUUAAAGGGUUGGUUCCAUCAGCUGAUUCUCCCGCACCUGACAUUCAAGUGUUACAGGGAACCAGUUCAAAUACUUCUUCACCUGAGCCUGAACCUGUUCCACCUAUGGCCGCAAUGGCACCAAUGCCAAAUAUGGGUUUCCGCAAGAGCAACGGUCAAAAGUUAACAUUCAGACAAGCUCCUUUUGUGGCAAUUGCAACAAUCUAUCUAUUGACAAGAGCUUUCAUCUAG